UUCUGCAUACAUUCUUUAGUAAAGAAAUCUACUUUUCUUCUAAAUCAAUCCAAAGGAACAAAACUGAGGUUUCUACAAUUCUAUCAUUCUCAUUUGAUAAGAUGGGUUAUUAUUAAAUCAUAUCUAUAGAAAUCAAAGAGAAUUUAGUGGAAGCUUGUAAUGGCACCAAGUUUUGAUUAUACAGUGUCAAGCCUUCUAUGUGCAGAAGGCAACGACAAUAUUUCUGAUGAUGAGGUUGAUUGUGCGGCUGUAAAGGAGCAUUUUGAGCCUACUUGGCAUCACCGAAGGAAUCAUCAGGAAAACUUGAAAGUAGAUUUGUUUUCAGUUCCAACUUUGAUCUGCAUUGGUGCUAGAGAGAAGAAAAAGAGAGACGACAUAAAGCAAUCAUUUCAAUCGGCUUACCCACAAAGUUGCAUUUCAAGGGCACACUCCGGGAGGAACAAGCACGUCAUCACAACGCUGUAACCAACCAGGUGGUCAGUCCUAGCCAUGACACCCGUUUUCUUUUGUCAAUCCUCGUGAGUCCAGGCACCUUACGAGGCCACUUAUUUUGUGAAGUUUGUUAAGAUGAUUGGCCUACUUUUUGGUUUCCUAUCUAAGGUUGAAUGUAUAUAACUUCAAUGGUUUUGUUUACGCCCGAUUUUAGGGUUGGGACUGUAUAUGUGUAUGUGUAUAGCCAGCUAAGGGAUAUUGUUUUUGGACUUUACCUACUUAUUUUGAUGUAUGUGAUCCUGGCAUGGUACUAGUAGCUCAA